AUGGCGUCAGUUCCUGACCGAAACUACUUCCCCCCUUUAGACGAGUCUCUCUUUGGAGACCGGGUGCUUCUCUCGUGGAAGCAUGUCGCGACUGCGCUCUCCGAUCCUUCGGGCCAGAGGCAGACAGCCCCGGCCGUAAUCGAUUUUUUCGACGACGAAUACGUCCACGGUAUCCUACGAGAUCCCGCCAGUGUCUUUGCGUCGCCUUCGGAUGCGACCAAGAAGGUCUUCGAGACCAAGACCGCUCCUGUCAACACUACAUCAGCCUCCAAUGACAGGGUAGAUAUCAAAACCAUCAAGGAGGACUCAGAAUGGCUCAGCAAAAACGCCAAUAUCAGCCUCGUCGCGGCACUACGUAUCGUUGUUGUCGAAUUCCAGUCUCGGCCUGCACACUACCUAACAGGACCUUUGUCCUCCCAAGACGCGACCAAUCUGCAGGAGGCUGCUGGCUUCAACAAUGGACAAGCUACCUCUUUUCUGUCUGCCUUCGGUGCGACCCAGGCAUCGGAUGCCGAUGAGAUCCUCGCCGACUUCGAGAAGCCCGAAGCCAAGAAGCGCCGCCUCUUUCGCACAUAUCUCAGCGAACGACGCCACUUCAUGAUGGUGGUUGACUACACUACUUCCAUAUCCAUAUAUGGCCGGCUACCCGUCUUCACUCGCGUCGACCGAGACUUGGCACAGCUGUACCGAUUCAAGACCAGCGCCAACUCGCAGCAGAAGGACAAGAUCGAAACCCUACUCCCCGUGUAUCUCAAGUCUUUAAUCGAAUGCAUGGGCUUGGUGGAAUCGGGUUACAGUUCAGUCACUAAGGAGGAUGUCCUGCUCGACGACAUCAUUGAGCUCGAAUGGCUUCGCGCCAUGCUGACUGAGGUCGUCCACACCAUGUCAGUCAUAUUCCAGCUAGCUGAUAGCUUGGGAGACACCUACGCUCCCUUGGACGUCAUCAGUGAUUGGUUCGGUUUUAUGGAGGCUUAUUGCUUCUUUGAUAGAAUGCAACUGGCAUCUCUCGGAAUGGCAGAGCUUGUACUGCCCCUGAAAACCCUAGCCGCAGCCAUCUCAUACACCUUUCUCAGACCUGUCAACACCAUCACGUUCCUUGCGAACCAGAAUCAGGAUGCAACUCCAGUUGAGGACAUACACGAUUCCUACAUCUUUUCGGAGGUUGUAGAGCAAAUCCAUAGAUGCAUCAUUGCUGCUGCUGAAGCCGAUUCCGAAGCAGGUAGCCCCGUCAUAUUCACAUGGAGUGUCAUCUUCCACCAGAUGGAGAUGUCCUGGAGAAGACGUAACCAUACACGCGAUGAGCGGGUUGAACAAUCCAAUCGCUAUGCUUUCGAGGCAAAGAACGAAUCCGCUCAGUCACCCGCGAGCAUUGAUGUUGCUGUACCGACGCUGACCAGACGCAAUUCGACCGGCAGCACGUUUUCCAUCGAGCACUCGAAAUUCGACACCUUCGUCAUCAAUGCCAUUGAGUCUGAAUCCAAGGAGCUGGGGCAACCACUCGGGGAGCGACUUGCAGUGGGUGUCACAGCCGGUGGUCGGGUGCAUGAUAUUCUCUCUCGCAUGGCCUCAGACACGUCAUUGCCACCUCUGAUUAGAUCUAGGAUCAACUCUAGGUUUAUUGGGCUUCUCAAGGUUACGUUCCCUGUCGUUGGAUACCGAAGUGAACCCGUCAUGUCGCUUCUUUCCUUGCUUCUCACCGACCGCGACUACUGGGACAUCACAAAUCAGCAGACUCUGUCACCGGAACACGAUGUGCGCGCAAGCAUGCUCAAGGAUACGCAUCUGUUGGAACUCUACCUAGAACAAUCCCUAGAUCGGUAUCCUUACGAGCUCAUGCCCUUCCUGAGAAUCUGCAGGUCGCUUUGCACCGUAACCGAUCUAGAUGAUCAUGAGCAUUCCGAUCUCAUAAUGAAUGUCCUUCGAAACACCCCCAGCCUUUCUUUGGUCGUGCCACCAUCUUUCGUUCAUUAUGAGAUGGUUGAAGAUGAUGAUCCCUUCGGCAACACAUUCGAGCUUACUGCAGAUAUUCCCCUCAUCUCACUUUCGCCCUCGUGGAAACGCAGGAUUCUCGAGGACGAUGUAUACCGUGUUCCAGCUGGCACAAUCGGCCGCUUCCUUACAAAUGAAUCAGAGUCGCAGUCUGAUCGAGUUGUCAAGAUUGACUUUGUCCAUUCAACUUUAUCUCUACUCGGUCGUCGCCUUGAGAUCAAUAUGAUGCCUGAAGGGUAUCAGACAGAGAUGGGAUUGCUCCAGUCUGACGAAGUUGCUGAGAUUAUCAUGCUUUUUGCGACAUUGAUCCGGGUGGACUUCAUGAAGGCUUCGGGUUCCAGUUCCAACCUGUCGUUAAUUCAGCAAGACAGCGAUAUCAUCUCUGAGGCAAGUAAACAUAUAUCAGGCGGCAAGGAUCUUGUCACAGUGGUGUGUGAUGUCAUGGACUACUACCUUCAGGAGGGUCUAACAAUUGAUGAGGAAGCCUCCGUCUCCGUCUUGAACGCCUGUGUCCAGUUUCUAAACGCUGUCUCCCUAAUUCAUCCUAGUCGGGUUUGGUCAUACUUGGCUCGAAGCGAUCUUCUAAACUCUGAUUCCAAAGCUGGAAGGUUGACAAGUAUAACGGGAACACUGGAUCUCAUUGCCAGCCGUUUUGACUUUUUAGACUCGUCUGUGCAAAUGUUAUCUCAGCUCAUUGAUACUGCAAUGACCUCGGCGGUUCAACGCCGGGCGAAAAACAAGGUAGCCACGAGGCAAAAGACGGAUCCAAACCCAUUAAUCGGCAUUGCCAGUAAGGUCUUAUCCAGAGUGUCCUGCUCAAUCGCACAAGCGUGUGUGGAUAUUUUUGAAACGACCUCGACAUGGAGAUUUGAGUCGGAAGACAAGCGUAUUUCACUCCUCAACCACGUGCUUCCAAUCUUCAACAAGCUCAUUAGCUACUGCUUCAGCAUGGGUGACCCUCAGAGCUCGGAGAAUCUUACAUCGAACCUCCGAUCUGCAGCCCUGCACAUCCUUGACUGCUUUAUUCAACCCACAACAGGGACACUCAGAUUCCAGCCUAUUCUCUCCUCAUUUACGACAGCCCUCACUAUAUCCACAUCCACCUUAUACCCUCAACUCAACCAAACCCUCUAUAGCCAAGUCACGUCGGUUCUAGACUUUGCUACGAAUCUACUUCGCGUUUCCACUUUGCUCGAGAAGCCGUCAAGUAUGAUUGAGAAUUACCUGUUCAAGAGCUGUACUCUCCUAGCCAGAUUGAGUGCCACGUCCGAUUAUCUGUGUGGACCAGCAAUUAGAUUGCUCGAGGGUCUCGUGAUCAAUGCUGGGAAGUCUGAGAACGAGCCAGUUUCUCUCUUAGGAUACCUAGGACCUCAGACAUCAAAGUCAUUUCUACAGCUCCUCUCGACCUUGGGUGAGCCUUUCUUGCUCCCUCGAGACGUCAAAUUAAUAUGGCGGUUCUUCUCUUCUGUCCUCAGGAACAGGCAGCAGUGGAUAUCGAGCUGCCUUCUCACAGGACAAACUCCUCGUGAGGUUAUGAAGAAGACUUCCAAGAACGAAGUAGCAUCUCACUCCGUUUUUGCUACGGCUCUGAAAAAGGUAUCCAAGUUGAAAACACUCGAUACUGAUCAGGCGCUUGUCGUGUUGGACUUCCUUGCCUCUGCGCAAAACUUUUGGCCAUGGACCGUCUUCACCUCACAAAAAGAUACUUCUUAUCUUGAUGGUCUUCGUGAAUAUGUGCGGGAUCUCAGGCCAUCACACUUGGCGGCAAAAACCAAUGCAACACAGGCAGCUAUUGAGGCUCGAAUUGCGGCUUAUAUUGGCGAAACUUUCGCCAUGCAGCUGUACCACUCACGCCACCUUGGCAAUGCUGAUUCUCUUGCAAAGAAGCUCGUGGCCGACUUGGACUAUUACCUCCGGGACGGUGUUGAAGUCUCCGGUUACAACAAAUCACUCCACAGCAACUUUGCCAAGAACUUUUCCGACAAGUAUUCUGGCUGCUCCCUCGAUGACUUCAAACGAACGCUGCUUGAACCAAGAGACCUAGGGGCCAACUAUUACUACGACCUCGACCGUGCCAAUGACAUGCUUAGCUUUGACCCUGGCUGGUUGGGUCGAAAGGACAACGGCUUCAAGAUGGAAAUGGAACUCGCCAACACGAACCUCUCAUUGGUCGAUGCCCAGAUUGCACUCUUCCACGCCUGGGAGUUCUUGUUGGUAGAACUAAGCAUUUGCUUACCUACAAACGACACCAUCGCCAAGCAGAUGCUCCAGACCGCACAGCAGUGUCUCAACGCGAACCAAGGCAUCCUUGGCCCUGAGGCUAUUUUUCUCAAGCUUGCCGAUGCCCGAUCGGGCCUUGCUUUGGUCUUGAUUCAGCGACUUGUCAAGACCCCUCUUGUCUCAACAGACAUUGAUCAGCUGCUGGACACGGUUGUAGCGACAAUCAAUGGUGUGGAUGAUCCAUUUUCGACUGAGAAUAUCCCAUACUACCGCACCCUCUUAAAGGCUUUGUUUGUAACACUCCGAGCGUAUCAACUAGGCGGCAAGAAAUCAUCGGAUUCGGACUCCAAUGCCUGCGAGACUAGCGUCUUGGUCACCCAGACCGUGCUCAAUAUUCUAGACCGAGUUGUUGGCCAAGGUUUCCGAUCUCUUGUCAGUCUGAUUCAUGACAACGCAGCAGCGGUCCUGCCAGAAGACCUUGGUCUCAUUACAGCUAUCUUGCAGGCUUGUUUGAGCUUACCUGGAAUCGACCAGUCCCAAACGCAGAUUUUGAAUAUCAUAGCUUCGCACAAUUGCGUAUAUGCCGCUACCUCGCUAUACUCGUGGGCGGAUAAACUGGCCGAUCAAGGUGAUCCUAUCUAUGGAGAGCUCAGUAUUCUGUUCCUUCUAGAACUGUCUACCCUACCCUUACUGGCAGAGCAGAUGGCAUGCGAUGGCGUUCUCAGCAGUCUUCUAUCAGCCAAUCUGACCAAGUUCAUGCUCAAGUCCAACCUUUCGCCAUAUGCCGAUCUACCUGUUAUUCAACGAUGCUACUGCAUUUGGGCCAAAGGACUACUGCCCUUGCUCCUUAACUGGCUUGCCGCAUUAGGAGCUACGGUAGCUCCAGAGGUUGCAUUCGUGCUUAACCAGUUCAAACACUUGUUGAAAUCAAGCGUGGAGCGAUUCGAGGUACCUGGGGCGAGCAGGACACAAUCGCGGUCCACCCCUCACUUUUUGACACUCAUCGCGACAACGGAGAUUCACUCGCUUGCACUCCUCGUAAGAGUCAUCUCGGCCCUUCGUGUAAACAACCCUAGAGAUAUUCCCGAGGUGGAGUGGGAUGCCACUUCACUUCUAGAGAACGUUGAAUUCUGGCUAGCAAGCGACAGGCUACUCAAGGAGCGCCUCCUUCCACUAGGCACAAGAGAGACAGAAUGGCGGGGAAUGAAGCCCAGUGCAGGCGAGCCACAUGACAAUGUGCUGGAGGCUAGACUUUGUGCUCAGCUCCAGGCUAUAAGGGAUGUUCUUGGCGAGGACGCUGAGACGGAGUAA